AUGCCCCGAACUCGCGCAAGCGCCGUUCCACGAACACCCGGAGGUGUGCACUUGAAAUUCUCCGAUAUCUCUGCCGACGAAAUUGAGUUUGAUGACGAGGUCGCAGUGAAGUCUUCUGUCUUUCGUGGAGGAGCAGAUUCGCUUUCUGGAGAAUUGGGAACUGCUUUUAGUGAAAAAGUAAAAUCUACAUCAAGAAAUUCUUCAAAGUUCAUUUUACGGAAGUCCACGGAUUUGAGGAAAAUUAAAAAGAUUGAAGACAAAAUAGAAGCCAUUUUGGCAAGUCCAAUGGUAGAAGUUCGCCGUAGGCCUGCGAGGCAGUCUAAAUCAUUCACUUCUGACUGUAGGUUAAAUGUAAUUAUUCCCACCUUAAUAGCGGAUUACGAACGUACUCCGAUUCGGGUACCAAGUUCGAGAGAUUUGGCGGCAGUCAAUAGUCGUCGCAUGUCUGCCAUCGUGAUGUCGAAAUUCGCUCCUUUCGCUCACUCAGUAUCUUUUUCGGAAGACAGUCAGACAUUUGCAUGUUCUACUGCAUUUAAUCGCCGUAGAACGACCGGGAAUCCCCAAUUGCCCGUUUGUUCGGGUUUAUCCAAGUACAAAAACAUCCCCACCUCUCUAGUAUCAAAGAAUCUUUCACAUGAAGAACCGGAGGGCAUAGAUAUCGACGGCGUGGAUAAUUGUGAAAAUGUACCUCCUCUAAAAAAAGUGGAGGAAUCUUUCCAAGACAGGGAAAUCGCCUCGUCAUCACAAAUAGCGGAAAGUCAGAGUGGCGCUCCUAAGGAUCCAAGUUCGGUUAGUGGAUUUCGCGUUCUUGUUCACAUGGAGGCCUCACGAUUGUCAUCUACUAAAGCAGCAUGGGAGGAUGUUAUGGCAGAGGAGGGCGAAUCAAUUCCUGAAAAUGCUGUCAGUAGCAUCCGCGCGGCUGUCGGCAAGUGUGGUUUGUUGCUCACCAAGAAGUUUCCCUUCUUCUCGUCUCUCGUUGAUCUGACGGAGGAUUCUCUUCGCCAGCAGCAAGACGAAGCAGACGUAACACCCCAUCAGCGUGCCAAUAUAAACGACCUGUUAGGGAUGUGGGCCAUAAUAUCUCAACAGAUUGCUGAUAUUGAUAAGUCAUUCGAACGACUACGCAGGUGGCGGGAGGUCUCUGGUUGGGCCUUAAACACCCCACCGGUUACUCCUGCUAGAAUGGCUGCUCCUGCCAUCGAAAAAAGGAAAGGCAUUGGGGGCUCGCGUUUGCCCAGGCCCGUCAAAGCUCUCGAUCCUGAUUCCGUCACAGUCACAGCUGCGCAAAAGUUGAAGCCUAAGGGCACGCUCAAGCGUCUGCUUUCACCGUCAAGUAAAUCUAAGGCCUCGAAACUACUUGUCUCCAAGCCGGUGAAGCGUUCCAACUUUUCGCAGUUCAAAGCACAGAUGCUGGUCAGGAAGGAAGUGAAUGAGGUAAAAGGGGGAGUGAAGGAUGCUUCUCGAGUUAGUUCGCGAAAUCAUGACUCUCUUGCCUCAGUAGCUACGCCAAAGCGCGGCCGAUCCUCUCAAAGUCACGCAGUCGGAAGACAGGGUCCCAAGACUGUGGUGAAAGAGGAGAAUACUCCAUUGAGGACCCCGCCGCGGGGAAGAUUGUCAAAAUCGGUUGCUCUACCAGGUGCCCCAGCUACUGAAUCAGCACCUCUCGAAUUAUCUUUCAAAGCUCCAAGUGACAGAAACGAAUUGCAGUUGGGCAGUACUUCAUUGGACAACACAACGUUACGACACAGGCGACAACCAAGGGCACUAAAGCUGUCCAAAGCCACGGAGGGAAAUGUCAACUCUGUUCUCGAAACCCCUAAUAACGCUUCUGCUAAUACAACUGGAAUAGAAGUUACUGGUGAUUCCUUUGUUGUUCCCGAUUCGCGAUCUCGAAAGCGCGUUCGUAGGGAACAGUUCAAUAUUUUGACACCGCGGCCAGCCGCUACCAUCAGCAACUCGAACCUGUUUUCACCUUCAUCGCGUCCCGCCACGGGAACACCGCGGCCUCAUUUGUCACGCUACCUGAAGGCAACACCCGGAAUUUCUUUGGGAUGUUCUCUACUGUCAAAGAAACUAACGUUAGCUGUCAGCUGUGACAAUAGCAGCAUGGUCGGCACCUUGUCGGCCAGCCUCACUGGCGGAAAGAAGAAAUCGUCACGCUCCCCAACUCUCGCAUUGGUCUCCACUCCGAACGGACGUUCAGACGGCUCUAGCAGUUCUAGGCAAUCUCUACCUGUCACUCUGCAUGCGUCUGAUUCUGCUGGUUCGCCUCGUUGUGUUUCUCGACACAUUCGACGUCAGCGGGCCUCCACUCCUUCCCCUCACUCCCCCUAA